UAUGCCACUGGAUUAAAUUCUCACAGCUAAAGCUUGUCAUCGCAAUACAAAAACAACACUUGGAAUCAAGACGACCUCUAGAUCGAAUACCAGAGUCCCCUUUUUCCUAUAUGCGGUUGAAUUGGGAUGGAGGGAGGCUGGAAAGGAGCAGCCCGAUCGGCUCUCCGCAAUGGGUUGUUGGAUGCGCGCUACGGAGACGGAAGGUCCUAUCACCAUCCUUGUUAACGUACGAGAACAGCAGACAUGCACAGCGAGUAUCAAUUCUCCGCUUCGGUCGGACUUUAAUUCAUUCUGUGACAUGCUUGUUGGUGAUUUACCCCUCCUUGCCUUUAUUCGAAUGAAUCAUAAGUAGUUGGUCUACCCCACCAUUUCUGUUGUGGUACAUAUAUUUUUUCGGAGUUCGCCCUCCUGCAACAACAUAUUAAAGAGCUGAAUAUACUUCUUAUGUUUUUCCAAAAUAGAGGAAUAGAGGAUUAAAGCAAAGAACGAAUCUAGAAGAGGAUUAAAAAGAAGCAAAAGGGAAAAGGACAGCAACAAUGGAAGACUACGACGCCAAAGCCCUCGCCACAAUGGACAUGCCACGCCGCCCCAUCAACUUCGUCGCCGCAAAAGCAGGAGAGGUGUUGAAACUGGGUCACAUUACUUGCAGAGUGCUGGAAGAUGGGUCAAAAACAGACAACCGCCUCGGCGCCGCCGAGCUAAUCCUUCCACCUCAUACCUCCGGCCCACCAGCACACUGGCACGAAAUGCACGACGAAUCCUUCUUGAUAACCGCAGGAACAAUCCGCUUCCACACCCCGGACCGCACCCACAGCGACGCCGUGACGGGCGACUACAUCACUGUGCCCACGCGCGCGCCGCACACCUUCUCGAACCCCUUCGACGUCGAGGCUCGCACGUUCUUCACGUGCACCCCAGCGUUUUAUAUUGAUUAUUUCAAGAUCCUGGCGCUGGCGAGUAAAGGGGACGUGAAGAUGAGUAAAGAGAAGAAUUUGGAGAUUAUGGCCAGGUAUGCUACGAUGCCGGCGAAGCCGAUGUUGGAGGAUAUGGCUAGGGAGGCGGAGGGGAAGAAUGGGAAUUGAAAGU